CCACAGAAAACUCAACCAAAGACGGUCUAAUAAGUCAGAAGUCAGACAGUGUUGGCGUGGAGUGAUGGGGGACUGGAGUCUCUUGGGUAAUUUUCUGGAGGAGGUGCAGGAGCACUCCACAAUAGUGGGGAAGGUGUGGUUGACCGUGCUGUUCAUCUUCCGUAUCCUGGUGCUGGGCACGGCGGCGGAGUCAUCGUGGGGCGACGAGCAGUCCGACUUCAUGUGUGACACACUACAACCCGGUUGCACCAACGUCUGUUAUGACCGAGCUUUCCCCAUUGCCCAUAUCCGCUACUGGGUGCUGCAGAUUGUCUUCGUAUCAACACCAUCGCUCAUCUACAUGGGCCAUGCCAUGCACACUGUCCGCAUGGAGGAGAAGCGGAAAUGGAAGGAGCAGGAGGAGAAGGGUGAGGAGGGCAAAGGAGAGCAGGAGUAUUUGGAACAGAAAGAGAAAUUAAAAUAUCCAAAGACAAAUAUCCGCCUAAAGGGGGCACUGCUGCAGACAUACGUCCUGAGUAUUGUGAUCCGCUUGGUCAUGGAAGUGACCUUCGUUGUUAUCCAGUACAUGUUGUAUGGAAUCUUCCUGAAUGCUCUGUAUCCUUGUAACAUGUCACCUUGUCCCAACCGUGUGAAUUGUUACAUGUCCCGUCCAACUGAGAAAAACGUCUUCAUUGUGUUUAUGCUGGCAGUGGCAGCUGUUUCACUGCUCCUCAGUGUGUUAGAACUGUACCACCUUGGAUGGAAACAGUGCAAGCAAAGCCUUCGAAAAUACGCUGACAAAAAUGCCAGUGAUGUCAAAAGCAAAACCGUUAAAGUUGUUUCUGUAGCCCAGCCUGGCAAGACGAGUAUUCCAAUGGAACUGCGUGAAACAGCACAUCCCUCCCAAACCUGCACCCCACCCCCAGAUUUCAACCAGUGCCUAGCAUCAAGCCAAGGUCCAACAUCACCCCCGCAUCUGCAUCACCACCAUCUUCAUCACAUCCACCAAACCUGCCAGCCCUUCACCAACCGCCUGGCCCACCAGCAGAACUCUGUCAACAUGGCCACUGAGCGGCAUCACCACAGCCACGAUGAUCUGGAGCCGCCUGUGGACUUCCUGCAGAUGAGCUACGAGAGUCCUGAGACUCGAGUCCCAGGUGAGAUGACACCCAGCGCCCCCUCCACGCCAUCCCCCCAACCAGGCUACUUCAGAGACAAGCGCCGGCUUAGCAAGACCAGUGGUACUAGUAGUAACCGAGACAGACCAGGUGAUCUGGCCGUGUAGGUUGGAUUAAAGGACCACCUCGGAGGAAAAGAAGCUGGGAGUGUGAACUAGCCUUAAGAUGUGAGAUAUGGAUGCAAGG